AUGGCAAAUACAGAAAUUGAUGAUCUACUCAGUCAGGUAUUUGCAGCACCCAUCUAUUUGCCACCUGUAAAAUUCUCAUCAAAUGCACAGUGCAACACAAAAGAAAAUGAAAAAUUUAAUUCAAUUCGUGUGGUCAGAAAUGUUCGUCAAUAUGUGAAAUUGUGGACAAAAGAUAAUGAAGCAGAUGGAUCAAAGAUGUUGCCGAAAUACGAUUUAUUAAUGGAGGAAAAGAGAAGUCAGAUGGAAGAAAAUAAGAAAACAAACAUUAAAGAUCAUCACUUAGUGCAAAAACAUCGGGACAGAAUUAUAUCAGGUUAUGUAUCGGUUUCACAAAGAAGACAAAAUUUUGAUGGUAAUCAAAAAAUCACACACAACAAUUUCGAAAAGAUAGUAUCAGUUAAUGAUGCAAAGAAAAUUGCAAUAAAUGACAAAGAAAUGUUGAAAGAACAUGAAGUAUUUGAUAUUAAAUUUAAUCCAGCAGAAAUGUAUAAUGAAAGCAAUGCAUUUAUGCCAACAGUGGAAGAGUUAGGUUCAAUUGAACAGCUAAAAUCAUUUUUCGAAAAGCGAUCCAAAGUGGUCAAUCAUUAA